CAAGUAGAAAAACUAGAAAAUUAAAAGAAAUACAAAAUAAAAUCGUGCAGAAUAAACAAUAAUUUACUUCUCAUUUUCAGUUUUUGUUUAGUCGUCAAGUUGUGAAGAAUAUAUAAAAAAAAGAACAGAAAAGAGUUAAAAAAGAAUUGAUAAAAUUGGAUCCCAUUGGAUCUAAUCAGUAUUUGUACAAAAACUGUAGGCAUAGAGAAAAUUGAUAAGCGCAAAGAGCGAGAAAUUUAAUUUAUCAGCGAGUUUAUGGAUGAGAAGUAAAUUAAAAAAAAAAUAAUAAUUUGCCAUCAGCUGCGAUUUCAUGCGAGUGUUUAUUGCGUAAUCGAAAAUCACACACACAGACAGAUUCGUUUAUAGAAAAAGAGCAGCAAAAAUUUGAGAACUGAAAUUAAAAUCUGUUCAUUCUUCCGUUAAGUGAAUAAAAUAGUUUUAGGACACUCUAAAUUUAGAAUCGUAGUGACAUUAAGUGUAUGGGACAGCUGUGAAAAUAGCGAGCAGUGAUAAAAAUUCAUUAUCAAGCAAUAUUCAUUUUUUGACUCUAAUUUACGUGUGGCUGUGAAGUAUUUUUGACUUUAUUCUAUUUUGUUUGCUGUCCAAUUAAUGGAGAUCACAAACUAUAUUGCCGGAAAAUUGGUGCCCGAAUUGUUGAGGCAAAAAAUUAUAUAUAUUGAUGGUGCCGAUGAUACAGAAUUCAUAAAUAUUGAUUCCGUUGAUGUGAAAGAAUUGAAUGAAGCUUUUGCUUUAACAAAACCUUAUGCUGUCGAUGUCAAAUUGAGCCGGUAUGCUGAGCGUGACGUAAAACAUGAAUUUCAUCUAGUUGUGAAGAUCACUCCAAAAAUGCCUCAGGAAUUAUACAACAAUUUUCAAUAUGACGUCCUAUUCGAAAGUGAAGAGACAGCAUACAGAGAUGUAAUACCAGCUCUUGGGCGGAAAGAUGAUUUUCCAAAGUAUUAUUAUUCGCACCGUGAGAAGACAAGAGCUGUAAUGGUAUUGGGUAACUUUAGCUACGAGGGAUGGAAAUUAUCACAAUCUCGUGUUAAUUUGGAUUUAAAUCACAUUCUUGUUGCUGUUCGUGAAUUGGGUAAAUUUCAUGGUGAAUGUUACGCGUUAAAGGAAUCAAAUCAUGGCCUAUUUCAUAUUAUCACAAAAUCAUUUCGAGAGUCACGCUAUGCCAUGGAUUUUGAUGAAAUAUAUGGUGCUAUGUUGAAGGCCUCACCAAAACGUGGAACACAAGCUAUACGUGAGAAUCAUGAGCUACGUCGAAUGAUUCCAGAAGAAUUCUUACAGAAGAUUGAGAAAUUGUCUGAAGACCCAUGGAAUUAUUUCAAGAAAUGUGUUUUACCUGUUGAACCGCUUGCAACUAUCAUUCAUGGGGAUUAUUUGAGAAACAACAUCGCUUUUCAAUAUGAUGAGAAGGCACCACAUUCACCAAUCAAAGUGAUGAUGUUUGACUUCCAAACGCUACGUUAUGCAUCACCAAUGAUAGAUCUCGCUGUCUUUCUUGCCAACUCAACAGGUACGGAUGUACGUUCGACCCACUUUUCUUUCAUCUUCAAAACAUAUCAUGAAGAAGUUAUCAAGACAUUAAUGUUUACCUUGAAGAAAUUCCGACAUGAGAUUGAUGAUAUUUAUAGCUAUGAAAACUUCUUACGUGAAUAUGCACGAAUGUCAAUGUAUGGAUACAUCAUUGCUGCUCAAUUCCUUCAAGUGUUACACGAUCCUGAGGAAAUUGAUUUUGAACAAAUGUUUGCUGAAGGACAGCGGUUGGGUCCAGACUUCUUUGUUCAGAAAGCUAUGAAAGCUGGCGGUGAAGUUGUCAACUAUGAGCUUGCAGGAUUAAUUUAUGACAUGUAUAAGCUUCAUCAAAAGCUGGGUAUAGAGUUGGAGUGAAGAGCAUCAUAAUUAAUGUACCGAGACGAAGAGAAUGGAACGAAAUGGAAGAGAUAUGGUGUUGAGUUCUUAAUUAACUUAAAAUUUUUGUCAAAUGAAUAAAGAAAAAGUUUUUAC